AUGGUCAACCUAAAUUGGCCAGAACAGAAGAAGGGCAGACCAGCUACAGAGGCUAGCUCCAGUAUAAGCAGAAUAGUUUCAAAAGAGACUAUGGAGAGACCAAAAGCAACCAUUUCAGCUGGAGUAGUGCUCUGCAGCAGGUGCAAGUGUGAGGCUGAGCUGGAAGUGGUCCUGGACAAACAGGAACUGCCCACUCCAAGUGUUUUUGACCGGAUUGGGACCACGUCCCAUGAUAGAGCCAGACAGAGAAACUACCCCAGGCCUGUCCAAUCCAGCAGAAGAAUGACUAAGCAGCCCAAGGAGGAAAUAUCAAUAAAAAUGCCCGGAAGUGAGAAACCUUUGGCAGCCAUCAUUGAAGGCAGGUGGUAUUCUGUCGGGAAGAAUGGCAGACCAACAAUGGAGCUAACAAGAACUCAAAGGAGGAGGGUUCAGAGACAGUACUGCACAUUCCUCAAUAACAAGAACAACGCACAGAUGCUUCCAGAGACCAAUUUUGCCAAAAAAGGGAAAGAGCCAGAAGAAAUCUACUUAAAACUCCACAACCAGAGGAAAAAAACCUAUCCUAUUCCAGGAGAAGGGCAAGAAGAUUGGACUAAGGAGUAUGAAGAGGAGCAGCUGGAUUAUGAACCAUCUGCAGAUGACCAGAAUGCGCUCCUCGGAACAAAAGAACAGGGAGAAUGGACGGAGGAAUACGGUGGAGAACAGAUGGAUUAUGAUGGAGAGUUGGAUGCAGAAACUGAGGCCUUUGGUGCAAAAUUGGAGGACUUGUUACGUGCUGACCUAAGCAUCAAUAUGGUGUUCAUUCUGCCAGAAAAGUUCUGGGCCGUAGAGGGGCAGAAAAGCACUCUGGAUGGAGAUGUAUUUUCCCAAGAGAGUUUUGAAUGCAGGUUGGAAGAAGCAGAAGAGAUGCCAGAGCAGCAAGCAGGCAAUCCCAGGACAGAAGAAACUACCAACAAGCUGGCUGCAGACCAGCUUUGCUUCUCCAAACCAACCAAAGAAAUGGCAAACCACCUCAAACCCUUGUUUAUAACAGCAAACUUUGGGGGUGUUCCUAUCCCCAAAAUUAUGGUAGAUGGAGGUGCAGCCAUCAACCUUCUGCCUCACAGAAUGCUGAGCAAAAUGGGCAGAACAGAAAGGGAUUUAAUUCCAACCCGCUUGAUCGUCACCAAUUUCGCAGGGGGCAUCACCAAAACCUUUGGGAUCCUGGAUGUGGAUGUUUUAGUAGGAAGCAAGAAGCUGAAGGUUGCAUUUUUUGUGGUAGAUACUACUUCUACCACUUACAAUGCACUGCUUGGCAGAGACUGGAUUCAUCAGAGUCUAUGUGUUCCUUCCACUCUUCAUCAACAGUUAACUUUAUGGAAUGAAAAAGGCUACAUAGAGAUAGUAGAGGCCGAUCCACGGCCAUUUCUUCCUUCUGCCAUGUGUUGUGAGGCAAGGUACUAUCAUGAUGACCUUGGUCCUUUCACCUUCUUUGGAGUCAACCAGAACGGCCGCCCCCAUGGUGUCACGGCUCAGAGGCUCAUUGAAGAAGGUCUAACCAACUCUUUGGAGGAUUGGAACAGACCUUUUGUUCUAAACUUCCGAAACUCUGAUGUUUAG